CAGCAUUAUACCAAAACAAAAAAAAAUUGACUCGCGACUAUUCAAGUACAACAAAAUGCAAACAUGAAGAAUUCAAGUUUGAAACCGAAAAAUCACACUAAACUGUUGCUUGAGUUUUGGGUUUACAGUUUCAAGUUAGGAAAACUUUAUUUAGAUUGUUGUUCUUAAUGGUUAAGUUUUAUUUUUGCGGCUUCUCUACUGUUUUCGAGCACGGCCAUCAGCUGUCAUUGUCAAUAUUGUUCCUGAAGGUGACGUGGAGUUUAGAUCGACAUUGUGAAGAAAAUGGGGUUUCUUUUACAGCUUCGACUUUUGCUCUGGAAAAACUACAUCUUGAAAAAGCGGUCACUGAUGCUUGUCUUAUUUGAGAUACUGAUUCCUUUGGUACUCUUCAAAAUUCUUAUGGGGAUACGACUCCAUAGGCCUCCUUAUAGCAGCAAUGAAAGCCAUUUCAAUGCAAAAGCAAUGCCCUCGGCUGGUGUUCUUCCUUUGCUGCAGUCAUUUUGCCCAAAUGCAAAUGAAAAUGUGAACAAGCAUGGUUAUACAGAAUUUCCCAAAGCAUCAAAGAAGAUUAAAUCGCUGCUUGGACACAUAGCUGAUAUAUAUAACAGCAGUGAAAUGGAAGGAAUUAAAGCUAUUCAGCAUCUUCAUUCUGAUCUGAAAGACCUGACCCAAAAUGCAGAUUUGUCAAGUGAUUCAAUUAGAAAUAUUAGAGAUUUUAGAUUGGCAAGGGUGUUGCGGAAACCAAAUGAAGUUAGAAAGUUUCUGGUUACCAAUUUUUCUAUGUCUGAGGAUUUAGCUGACAUUCUUUUAGAAUCAAAAAUGAAUGGAACAGAGAUUUCAAGGUUUCUACUUGAAAAGCAAUUUAAAGAAACGAUUCAAACGCUACUGUCUCAUAAAGAGGAUCAAAAAACUCGCCUUACUAAACUUCGCAAUGCCGUAAUUCUUCAAUACAUGUUUGAUAAGGAAUCGCUCCUUAAUGGACCAACGUGGAUGAAAAUCGUUGCAUCUUCAUUGUUUCCCUAUAACUCACUAAAUCGUACAAGUAUGCAAAGAAUAUUCACGGACUCUUUCCUCUCUUCUACAAGUUUUCAAAAUAAGAGUUGUAUGCUGGAGUUUGAAAAGCUCUUGGUUUUUGGCAACGCUUCGUCUAAACAAAGGGCUGAAAUCCAAAGAACUCUAUGUAAACUUGACGACCGGCAAUCAGACUUGCUGCUUAAAGCACUCAAAGACAGUAUUAAUUACACUGCCUUGUUUGACGCGGUUCAUUUUCAUGGCAACAGUUUGGUGCAUUAUCGCGACAAGAUUUUUGCGAUUCAAAAAAGUCUGCAAAGUUUAGGAAACCUCGAAAGCAUCAUAAGGACAUACAGUGAUAUCUCGCGCGACUUCAAGUUCAACAUGAGCGAGAUUCUCCAGUCAUCAAAUUCCAGCCAUUCUCAACAACUUAUGACACACGCUCGUGUGAUCUGGAGGGCGCUUGGCUCUACAAUUUGCGGUUCAGAUACGAAAAAGAAAGCUGACAAUAACGGAGAUGGAAACAGCGAGUUUAUUUUUGAAGGAGGCCCAUCAAUAACUGCUUUGAAGUUUGCUCUUUAUGUCUUGACAAAUGAUCCAAAGAUUUUAUACGCACCAAAUGGAACUCAGGCAGAUCUAGUUGUCUCGAAAGCUAGUCAUCUACUAACGCUUGUCAAACGAUCAAGGGAGUUUGCUAAGAAGUGGCUAAAGACCUCACAAAUGAUAAAAAGCAAAUUGUCUAGUAACUCUACACAAGAGCUACUGAGGACCACGUUGCAGUAUUCAAGAAGAUAUCCUCAUUUUCUUAGAGACUGGACUGCGAAUGUUACACGGCUUCUUGACCACGAGCCUACGGCUGAUAAGACGAUACUUACCUUUAAUAGGACUUUGCUGAAAUAUCUAAACGAAUCACAGGCACGAUUGAAUAAUAUUGUACAGGAUCUGUUGGUAGAUAAGUCUGGGUCAAGUAAGUUGAUGCAGAGAAUGGCCUUGGUCGAUAGAGCAGCGACCGCAUGGAUUGCUCUUCUCAAGCCAUUAAAGCUGGACAUAUUUUACGGAUUUCCGACAGAGCAAGCCCUCACUGAUUAUUACUUAAAUUCGUCAAAGAAGCAAAACUUUCAAAAAUUUGUGUAUUCCGCCGUCCUUUUUGACAAUAUCAAACCAAAUGGUAUGCUUCCAUCUCACGUGACCUACCGCAUUCGUAUGGAUGGACAAUUGAUGCCGUCAACAAGAAAAAUCAGGAGCAGGCACUGGUACCCAGGCCCUAACCAAAAUCAUGUCAACUACUAUCAGCGGGGCUUCGUUUGGCUGCAAGACCAGUUGGAGAGAGCCAUUUCAGAAGUGAUUGUGGGCCAUAACAUCACUAGUCCAGGACUGUAUAUCCAAGAAAUGCCGUACCCAUGUUACCUCAAAGACGAUUUCAUGUUUGUUAUACAAUACAUGAUGCCAUUAUGCAUUACGGUGUCAUUCAUCUACUCUGUGGCAAUACUUGUUCAAAACAUUGUGUACGAGAAAGAGCAGCGUUUGAAGGAAGUGAUGAAGAUGAUGGGCCUAAGCAAUGCGGUACACUGGACAGCCUGGUUCAUUACCAGCACUUGCCUUAUGACUGUCAUUGUCAUGUUGAUGACCAUUAUCCUCAAGUAUGGUGGAAUCCUGAAGUACAGCAACCCAUUCGUUAUCUGGCUAUUUCUCACUCUCUCCUCCAUUGCGACAACUCUUUUCUGUUUCCUACUCAGCGUCUUUUUCUCGAAAGCAAAGCUGGCUGCAGCAUGCGGUGGGAUUAUUUACUUCCUGACGUAUAUGCCAUAUGUACUGAUAUCGAUCAGAGAGGGUGCACACGUCAACGUCGACUCUGCUUGGAAGUCACUUGCCAGCCUCUUCUCGACGACAGCUUUUGGGCUCGGUGCGCGAUACUUUGCCCUUUACGAGCAAGAUGGGAAAGGAUUACAAUGGAAAAAUAUCCCAGAAAGCCCGCUUUUGAAUGACGAGUUCAGCCUGGGAAAUGUCUUUGCUAUGCUCAUUGUUGAUACGUUUUUGUACGGAAUUCUGACCUGGUAUAUCGAGCAUGUUUUUCCUGGCUCAUAUGGGCUGCCAAGGCCUUGGUAUUUCCCCUUCCAAAUAUCAUAUUGGAUUGGCGCUGAUCCCAAGACCUGCUCGGCUAGCAUUAAUUGCAAGAGAUUUUACUCUCGCAUGUCGUCCCUUGACGCCGAGAGCACGUCACCUGAGCCAUCUGGUUUGCUAGCGAUGGAUGCCGAGCCAGUUCAUCUUCCACUUGGUGUUGUCAUAGAAGAUCUUGUCAAGGUUUACGAUUCUCGGAAGAAGGCCGUAGACCACCUGUCGUUGAAUCUAUACGAAGGCCAAAUUACGUCAUUUCUCGGCCACAAUGGUGCUGGUAAAACAACAACUAUGUCCAUACUGACGGGGCUUUUCCCGCCCACCAGUGGAACAGCUCAUGUUUAUGGUCAUGAUAUUCGAAGUGAUAUGGACAAAAUCCGCACAAGUCUUGGAAUGUGUCCACAGCACAAUGUUUUAUUUGAAAGCUUGACCCUUGAGGAGCACCUGUGGUUUUACGCGAGGCUGAAAGGGAUGUCAGAGGCGGAGGUAGGCCCAGAGAUGGACAGAAUCCUAGAAGACCUCGGCCUGCCAGAAAAAAGACAUUCGAAAGUAGAAUCCCUUUCCGGUGGAAUGAAAAGAAAACUUUCUGUGGCCAUGGCCUUUGUUGGUGGAUCUCGCACAGUUAUUCUUGAUGAGCCGACGGCCGGUGUCGAUCCGUAUGCAAGGAGAGCUAUUUGGGACUUGCUAGUAAAAUACAAGGAAGGGCGGACCAUUUUGCUAUCAACACAUUUCAUGGACGAGGCUGACUUACUUGGCGAUCGAAUUGCGAUUAUUUCUUGUGGAAAACUGCGAUGCUGUGGUUCCUCGUUGUUUCUAAAGAACCAGUUUGGUGAUGGUUAUCAUCUCACGCUAGUUAAAGACAACAAAAGGGAAUCAAGCCUUGAUUCUUCACUGCCGUCAUCACCUCCCGACAAGUCAAGGACAGCUUUUGACCAAGAUAUCACAAAAUACAUAAGGGGCUACGUGCCUUCUGCCCAACUGAUUUGUGAGACAAGACACGAGUUAUCAUUUAUCCUUCCAAAAACAGCUUCAGGGAAUGCAUCUUUUAAAAGCCUCUUUGCCGAUUUAGAAAGCAACAAGAUUAAACUUGGUUUCAGUGGAUUUGGACUUACAGACACAAGUCUUGAAGAGGUAUUCUUGAAAGUGACAGAAGCAUCGAUUCAAGAUGACCAAGGCCAAAACGACAUGGUUGGAGAGGUAACAGUAACCUUACCGGCUGUGCAGCAAAACACUGUCCCAAGAAAUGCCGAUUCUGGAAUAGAACUCGACAGCCUUAGUACACUGACACCUGCAGCAUGUGAAGCCUCUUUGAAGUCGACAUGUGACGCUAUUGAUAAUCCAAGCAAUAAAAAGGCACCAAGACGCAGUCAUCAGCGAUCGCUUUCCAGCGACUUUUUCAGGGAUUCCAAAUCUACACCAGUUGUCACUUGCGUUCACAGAAAAAACCCUUGUGGUCGAGUGUGCGGCCACAGAAGAGCGCUUUCGAGUGAUUUUAGACUAGAUAAGGUUUUGCCCCUUGAUGAAACCAAAGAUGAGCGUAUAAAGCCAAUCAAGAGAGUGCUGUUUGGUCACAGACGAAAUCCUUCAAACACAUCGCAAGCUUCUAUAGAUAGCACUAUACUUGAAUUUGACGCUGAAGAAACUGUGCAGGCAAAAACAGCGUUUGACAGGAGAUUUCAGCAAUUUUGUGGUUUAUUUUUGAAGCGUUUUCAUCACAGCAGACGGAACUUUAAAGGCCUUAUAUCGCAAAUAUUCUUACCUGCCAUUUUCGUGUGCAUUGCUAUGACAGUAGCCAUGUCACGGCCGGGCUACGAAGAGCAGCCAAAGCUGAUACUGUCUCCAACUAUGAUUCGACCUUUGCCAAAUGUUAUACCAUUUAAUAACGAAGGAAACUCAGAAAUAGCACGAAAAAUGGAAGCAACCCUAAGAAUUCCUUCGGGAAUUGGUGCUGACUGUGUCUUGAAGUACAGAAAUUGCACAUUUGAAAGUUUAGCACAACUUUUUAAUCAAAAUGAAGGUUAUAGAUUAGGGGUGUAUGAUCAGCUCUGUGAAAUGCAGCUCGCCAAAUUUCAAAUGAAAACUUUCGACAAAGAGAAACUGAGAAAUCAGCAAUUUUCAAGAAUCAGAUGGAAGAAUGUGAAUGAAAAGAAAUGCAAAUGCACAAAGGACAAGCGGAAUUAUGAAUGCGAUCCUGGAGUUGAGGGAAAUCCGAACCGCAUUGUUACAGUUACAGGGGAUACACUAUUGAAUAUUACAGGGAGGAAUAUGGAAAAGUAUUUGUUAUAUACAACAGAACAUUUCAGAAGACACAGAUAUGGAGGGCUCACGUUUGGAGAAGAAAGGAAGAUGGUGCCAGAGAAUUUCGAAGAUCUACCGAAUGACGACAUCAAAAGACUGUUUUCUCGGCAUGCUGCAAAGGCUUGGUUCAAUAACAAAGGCUACCACGCCUUACCAGUUUACUUAAAUUCCUUGAGUAACACCGUAUUAAGGUCCUACAUCCGCAAAGACAUGGGAAACCCUGCAUCUUAUGGUAUUACCGCCACAUAUCAUCCUUUCAGUCUGGCGAAAAACGCUCUCACCCAAGAUUAUGUAAAACAAGGAACAGACGUUGUUAUUGCGAUAUUUGUCAUCAUCGCCAUGUCAUUUGUGCCAGCAAGUUUUGUCAUCUUUUUGGUUACGGAGAGAGUUACGAAAGCAAAGCAUUUGCAGUUUGUCAGUGGAGCAGAGCCGGUCAUAUACUGGCUUGUUAAUUUCAUUUGGGAUAUGUGCAACUAUCUAAUCCCAGCAACUGCUUGCAUGCUCAUUUUGUAUUUGUUCCAACUGCCCGCCUACGCCUCCGCAACCAAUUUCCCCGCAGUAUGUUGCUUGUUUCUGAUGUAUGGGUGGUCGAUAACUCCACUUAUGUACCCAGCUGCAUUUGUUUUCAAAGAAGCCAGCACUGCUUACGUUGUCCUCAUAGUUGUCAACUUGUUUGUUGGUGUUACCUUCACCGUCACUGUUUUUAUAUUACAGCUGUUUCCGGAUGAUCCGGAGCUGUCUUUGGCUUAUGACAUUCUUCGCAAUUUGGCACUUGUCUUUCCAAAUUAUUGUUUAGGCCGUGGCCUAAUGGAUCUUGCAUUUACAGAAUAUUCAAACGAAUACUACAAAUUAGUGGGGGAAUUUGACAAGUUACGGAGCCCAUUUGAAUGGAAUCUUAUAUCAAGAAACCUCGUUUUCAUGGCAAUAGAGGGCUUUGUUUUCUUUUCAUUCACUCUUAUGAUUGAAUACCUAUCCACUUGCAAAAAGAGAAAAAUUUGCGUGGAGACUGAAAGUAAUGAUGGUGAUGAAGAUGUAGUUGCUGAACACGAAAGGGUUUUAAGCGGAGAUGCUGAUGAUGACCUUUUGAGAAUGGAGAACUUAACAAAGGUUUACCAGUCUAAGAAGACAGGAAAUCAUCAUGCUGUCAGUGGGCUUUGCCUCGGGGUCUCAAGAGGAGAGUGUUUUGGACUUCUCGGUGUCAAUGGAGCGGGCAAGACAAGCACAUUUAAAAUGUUGACAGGAGACACAUCUGUUACAGCAGGAGAUGCAUUCAUUCUUAACAAAAGUGUGGUUAGUGACACGAUGAAGGUGCACAAAAUGAUUGGCUACUGCCCACAAUUCGACGCGUUGAUUGACGAACUGACUGCUGAAGAACAUUUGGGAUUGUAUUCCAGAUUAAGAGGAAUACCAGAGGCAAAUGUCAAGAAGGUUUCUGAGUGGGCAAUCAACAAACUUGCCCUUGGUCGAUACGCUAGUAAGCCAAGCAAGAGCUACAGUGGAGGAAACAAACGAAAGCUUUCAGCUGCAAUUGCCUUGAUUGGAAACCCACCUUUAAUCUUCAUGGACGAGCCAACCACUGGGAUGGACCCAGGCGCUCGCAGGUUUUUGUGGAAUCUUAUAUUGAGUAUAAUACGUAAAGGAAAUCGCUCUGUCGUUCUUACAAGUCAUAGUAUGGAAGAAUGCGAGGCCUUGUGCACGCGACUUGUUAUUAUGGUCAACGGAAAAUUCAAAUGUCUCGGGAGCACACAACAUUUGAAAAACAAAUUUGGCGAGGGAUAUAUGGUUGCUUUAAGAGCGAAAGGUGAUUCCCCAAACUUGGAGCCAAUGAAAACAUUCUUUGAGGAAGCAUUCCCCGAUGCAGUGUUGAAAGAGUGCCACCAUAACAUGCUGGAAUACCAAAUUCAUGGAUCUUCAAGAAUAUCACUGUCAGAUAUAUUCGCUGCUCUCGAGAAUUCUGAAGCAAGUGUGAAUAUAGAGGAUUUUUCAGUCAGUCAAACGACACUUGAAAAUGUUUUCAUAAAUUUUGCCAAGGAACAAAUGGAUCGCUCUGAAGGCAGGGAAAAGGACAGCGAACCGGCAUCCCUGAUUCAAAGGCUACGGCACUUUGGCAGGGCCAUCAGGAACACAUUCGCAAACAGACCUGAUGUUCACUUUUCCAGUCUGUGGACGCCAGGAGCUAGAAACCAAAUGCAAUGUGAAAGUUUUAUGGAAGACGAUGAUACUAUUUCGAUUCAGUUUCCAGGUUCGGAUGUCCAUUUGGAGUUACUGCAAGAUGCAUGAUUCUCAUAAAGAUAUUUGUGGAAAGUUUGGGACCAUGCUAAUCAGUUGCCAAAAAUUAUAAUUGUAGGCUUUUAUCAUCAUUUGACUUCAACGAAAAAACAAUAUAUUUUGAUUUAUUUAUGGUUUUUGAUUAAGUUUGUCGUUGAUUAAUGUAUGAUCUAGAUUUUAGUCGAGCCAAAAUUUGAAAUUCAGGAUACAGAUUAUUUAUGUAUUUCAUUUUGAGAUAUUAGUUGUAAUGGUGUGGGUAAUUUUAGCCAUUUUAGCAUUUAGAAACAAAUUUGACGUUCGGCCUCAUUGUGGUUAACAAAGUUUUUUCAUAUUCUGCUCAUAUCAAAGUUUAAAGUUACCCAAACAAGGGCUUACGUGGAUGUAUGCCUUGUUCUAAGAAACAUUAGCAGUGUAUGUGAGAAGAAAGACAAAACGAGCUUGCCAUUCCGCACCUUUAGGAGUCGUAUAUUUGUUAUAAACUUGCUGCUCUGCGUAAUUGGCACGAAGAAACGAUACUUUACAAUUCUCACACGUGUUUGCAAGAUUGCAUACAUUUGUAAACAUAUUCUUAGCUUCAUAAUCUAAAUUGAUAGGCGUCUUUUGUAUGACAUUUAUUUAUUAGUAAUGUUUGAAUAUUGUGUAGUGUGAAAAGAACAUUCAUAAAGUUGUAUUUAUCAUAACAAUUACCAUAUAUUAGUAUUUAUAGCCAAUAUCGUUUGAUAUCAAAUAAACGUGUUACAUCCACUUAUCACUGAUGGCUGAAAAUAUAUCUACAUUGUAUUAUAGUUUUUCUCUUUAAAUUAAACGACAGAACUUGGUACUCGAAGUGAAUAGGAACUAUCCGCUAGAAGUUUUAGAAAUUGGAGGAAUUUUUCAUUGAUUAAAAGUAUAAUCAUGCUAGCUCGUACAAGUUUAAAGUAUUUUGUGUGUAAAUCUAUUCAAUUGUUAUAUUUGACAUCUUCUAGAAUGUUAGCUUCUGCCCGCCUCUAUCAGGAAAAAAUUGAGUUUGAACUCUUUGUUGACUGGGAUCUUUUCAACUUGCGUGAAUCAUAUUAGGACUAUAAUGGCGUGCCGGAUCGAUUGUUUGUUGUAUUUAAAUUCAUUCUUGUUCAAAUAGUUGCCCAAUUUAACUGUAUUCAAAAGUGUUAUUCAAUUCUAUUUUAUUUUGUGAAGUAAGUGAACUGUGCCAAUUAGUAAUGUUUUUAAAUGAUCAAUUAAUAAAUCGA